AAUACCAGCGCGAACCAUCACUGGCACAUUCUUUAUCCAACACUACACUACACCCAACCUCAGAGCAAGACCCGAGCUAUCACAUUAAUCAGUGCCUUGCUAGAUACCAAUUCCUGGAAGCAAAUAUUAUUCCAGUCCUCGGACGUCAUAAUCAUCCAACUCUCAGGCCCCUAUGGAUGCUGUACCAUAUUUAAUAUCUAUAACGAUGGCAAUUCACCCAUUACUCUAACUGCAAUCGACUCCUUUCUAGCGUCCAACCUCGCCUCCAUCAAGUCCGCCGACAAUGACCAUAUGUUAUGGCUCAGAGACUUCAACCGACACCACCCUCUCUGGGAAGAGACCUGUAAUAGCCACAUUUUCAAUUAUCCUGCCACUCAUCCGUUAAUAGACCUCAUUGCUGAUUAUGGAAUGUUACAGUUACUACCAUGUGGGAUGCCGAACCCUUCAAUCCACCAGUACUGGCAAUUGGACCCGCCCCAAUAA